AGACCCAUGGGACGGAAUUCUGAAUUCUGAGUAAGUAUAUAGGCUUUGACUGCAUUGUGACUAAGAUUUGUUCUUGGUUUUCCAAAGUCUUGAAAUAUUUCCUGCCAGCUAAUUACUGUUUAUUGCAGCUAACCUUAGUCCUCAAAUAGCAACUUUUUCCAUCUUAAAAUGGGUUGUCCUAUUCAAGUGAAGAGUAUGUUGUCCGAGUGCUAAAUGGAGUUACUAGCAAUGGAAACUAUGCUGCAAGAGGAGUUGAUAAAGCAGCUGCCUAUGAAAACCUCAGCUGAUUUUUCCAUACUCCAGAGCAAAGUUAAUUAGCAUAGGGAAACUGACUAACAUGCUUACGUCACCUCUUUCCAGCUGAAGCUUACAUUUUGUCCCUGAUAGCCUGAAACUAUGUGGCAGAACUUUGCUCAGGAAUUUGCUGUCACAUACAGGAUGCUCUAAAACUUGGGGUGUUGGGUUUUUUUGUGCCUGCUGAGGGGCUGGACUUGGUCUCUUUUAUAAGCUGUCUUUCCAGUACUGAACUGCUUCUUCGAAAAGAGCUUUUCUUGGUUGUGUGCUGAGCUCCUGGCAAUCUUUACAAGAAAGCAAAAAAUGCAUUUCAGGAACUUUGAUUACAUUUUUGGUUCCUUGAUUGCUUGUGUUGCGGACCACAAGAUUUUCAGUCAACCUGAAAUUAGGGGCAGAUUUGAAGCUCUGUUUAGAACAUUUGACAAAGAUGUCACCUUUCAUUAUUUCAAGAGUUUUAAAAGAAUAAGGCUAAACUUCAGCAAUCCUUUAUCAGCAGCUGAGGUUAAAAUUCGGUUACACAAGACAGAAUUUCUUGGAAAGGAAAUUAAACUAUAUUUUGCUCAGAGAUUGCAUAUUGGAAGGACACACUUAGCACCACCUGAUCCAGAUAAACAAUUCCUGAUUUCUCCUCCAACUUCUCCUCCUGUUGGUUGGGAACAAGCAGAUGAUGCUAGACCUGCUAUUAAUUAUGAUCUUUUAUAUGCAAUUUCCAAAUUAGGACCAGGGGCUCAAUAUGAACUUCAUGCUGCAACUGAAACUACUCCUAGUGUGGUGGUCCAUGUUUGUGAAAGCAAUGAGGAUAUUGAGUCAGAAGAAACAAGGAAAGUAGUCAAGAGACCAAAGCCAAAAAUUAUUAAAACUAGGCGGCCAGACUAUUCUCCAACUUAUCAAAGCUGAACUAUAUAAAGUUCUCAGUUCCAAACUGACAUGCUCAAGGAGACUUUGAAGAGAUAGCAGGACACACUUUGAUGACGCUAGAGAUGGAAGCAGAUAUUGUUAUGUAAAGAUCCUUUUCAGAAAGGGAAGUUAUCAUUUGCUAGUUGAAUGGCUUAUGAGACAGAUUCCGGUGUGAACUUUCUGAAUGGUUGUCUUGGAGACUAAUCAAACUGGGGCAUUGGGAGCAGAAAUAUAUACUUUGUAUUUAGGGAAUUACUCAGAUACUCCAGAUAUCUAAAAUCUAGCACGAUGCCUUCCCUGUUAAUGUAUUCAUUCUGUGAUAAAUUCCUCUUAAUUCAUGAGACAAUUAUAUUUCUAAAAUACAGUCACUAGUGAACACAUUGGAAUCAAUGAGUCAUAUAAAUAAGUGUGUUAGGAAUAUCAGCUGGGCUAAAGCAUCUGGAAAUACAGCAAAAUGUUUUAAAAAUGAAGUAACAAAUUGUUAGUCAUUUUCCAUAUUGGAUUUUUGUGCAUGCAUAUAGAUCUAAAAAAGUGAACUUGUUCAAUUUGAUCUGUACUUUUAAUUUAUGUUUUAAAAUUAUCUCAAAUUUUCAACUUUCUUUCUGAAUUGUUUGGUUUUUUAGUAGAUUUUCAGUACAACUGAAAGCUUAGUGAAAUAAUGUUUCUUAAUGUUAAUUGCCAAUGUAUGGUUUUGUAGAAAAUGUAUAAAAUAUCUGUGCAUCCUUUUAAUGGAUGAAUUGCUUUAAAUUAUUCUAAAAACAUUAAUACUGGUUUAAGCUACCUUGACCUCUUUAUUGACUAGAAAUAAAAGGAAUUGCAAAUACUGUUACAGUUUUCUCAACAGUUGAGAGGAUAUAAGCUUGUAUUGUCCUAGUCACAAAUGUAUACAUUUAUAACUGUUGCUGUUAAGUGUUGUUAAAGUUGUUUGAGUAUACUUACCUUGAUAAGAAAUAUGAAUUCUGGCAUUUAAGAAGAUGUAGUGCCUUUUUUCUCCUCAUGAAUUUCAAGAAAGAUUGUUGCAACAAUUUAGUGAUUAUUUCAUUCCCAAUACCACACCACCCCUCACCUUGCAGUGGCAGUAACUGUUUGAUAGAAAUAUAUUCUGCUUAAAUAUCAUCAACUAAACCAGAGAUUUUUAAUCUUUCUUGAUUUACAAGGGCCAUUAGUGUUUCAGUAAUUUUUUCAUGGCAGCUGUAGACCAAAGGAAAUGUUUUAACAAUUUCAUUUAUUAAGUAGUUAGGUUCAAGUAGUAAGAUUUUAUGUCCUAACAACUUAAUAGACAUUGGGGAAAAAUACACCUAAAUUCCAAGCACUUUUAAAAAGUAUUCUUAAAUAACCACAAUUAAUUAGUAAAGGAGUCUGUGUAUGUUUGUGCACACAAUUUCUCAAAUCGUGAAAUCAGAUUGGACACCUACACCCUCAUUUCGUGUUCUACAUUGUUUUUCACACAAUACCUGCUUUUUUUUCCAUAGCAACUGCCAAAAAAUCAGCUCCACAAAGAUUGGACAUUGCAAACCCCAACUUUACAAAUAAAUGGAGCAAAAAUUUAAAAUAUUCCAUGAUGCCCCUGUGAGUUUGCUAACCGCACACAGCUUGGGAACUGUUGAACUAAAGUAUAAUUCCAAGCCCUGCAUUCAAAGUCACAAUGCUUUCCCUUAAUACAGUACAUUGUGGUAGAUACUUAACUCCUUAUUUGUUUAUUUAUUUACUGACUUAUUGACUUACUGAGUAUUCUUUACUAGGGCUGUGCAAAUUACAGAAAUGAUUCAAACCUUAAGCCAUUAUAGUAUCUUUCUGCUGUUUUUUAAAGUAACUAACUUUGGAACGAACUCCCCGUGGAGAUUCGUACCCUCACCACCGUCCAGGCCUUCCGCACAGCCCUCAAGAACUGGC